AGCGAACCUCCGCUGCCAAGGGGUGCAAUCGCUAUGCGAGGGCGUCGUCCCUGGUAUGGGCUCAUGCCUGCUAGAUUGGAUAAUCAUGGUAUGAGGCCUCCAGUCUCGCAGACUGCUCCUGGGCAGCGACUUGAGUCUCAAGCGCCUCGUCAUGCUUCACAACAUGUAUUCACCAACGUUCCUUCGCGAUCCCAAGCUCAAGCCAGUGAGCGAACGCCAUCGCAGCUCGCGCUCGAGGAGAUGGAACGUCUGAAUGACUUUUGUCGCGAAAGCUCAGAACGGUUCCGGCGGACUGGAUCGUAUUAUGAGCACCCACCGCGUGAUCCGCAGCUGACACUGCCUCCGAUUCGGAAUGUAGGAGGAAUAUUCCAAACCCCCGGUUCAACCAUCACCUACGAUCUCCAACGGGUCAGGGAGAACGGUCCUCUCUUCAGGGAGCAGUUCCGUGAUACCUCAACUACGCCUUCUACAGUUGAGCACGACCUCCAGCGACCUAGGGACAACCGUCCUCUUUCCAGUGGACCGCCGAUUCCACCUCGUCCAGUUGGGUCUGGUCGCCAACAGCCCAGGCCGCUUGAAGUUCCUGCACGGGAACCUGCCAGAAUCCAUCCAAGAAUACUACAGGAACGUCAAGCUGCGCUUGUAGAUCCUAGAGCUAGGAAUCCUCGCGGGCAGCAGCAUCUUUUCCGCCCGGGAUACUUCCGCCCAAUUUCCUAUAAUUCUGCUAGAGAUGAAAUCCUUGGCCACCCUUUUAGAGAUGGAGACCGUCGCCAGCUUGCUCCAGCGCCAGCACGAAACCCAGUCUUGCCAUCUGCAUCCCCCAACCCCGAACAACCCCCCCUGGCAACCAAAGAUCCCGCUCUACCUGAAACCCCCGAACGCAAACGCAAGAACGCUCGAAACCCCGCCGCCAAACCCCGGAAGCGCAAAUCCCUCGCCGAACCCACUCUCCCCACCCGUGACGAAACCCUCCCCCCACAACCACCCGCCAUCGACCCAGACACCCUCCCCCAGUCCAUCACCAGCGACUACUCCCGCUACAAGUGGUCCGUCCUCCUCCUCCAAGUCGACGCUCCCUCCACAGGAGGCCCCGCAAAAACAGCCUACGACACACUCCAGCACUUCCUCUCCUUCGAGCAAACCCGCCGCACCUUCGAAUGGCACGUCCACGUAACCGAAGGCUUCAUCGCCCGCGGCGGCAACCAAUCCUCCUUCGUCGUCGCUUACAACGCAUGCAACCCGUUCUCCGACAAGGACCUCUUCAACACCACCUCCUUCGGGUACUACCACGGCGCCGACGAGGACAGCAUCCAGUGGCUCACCGUGUCGUUCGGCGCGCAGCUCGAAAUCAUCGACAUGUUGAAGAACGGCGUGAGGGAGGCGUAUAGGUGGAGGGUUAGCAUGCGCGCGGAUGAGAAGAGGUUCCAUCGCGCGUACUGGCUCGCGGCGAAUAUGCUGCCGCUUGGUGCGCUGCUGAACCGUGCGGCUAUUUCCCCGCCAGCAAUGACCACCGCUACAAACAAAGAAGUGAGGGAGAAGGCGAAUACGGAGACGACGCCGUCUGCGACGGGUGUGGAAGACCUGAGCGACGAGGAGGUGCCGGAGAAUACGGGCAUCGAUGUCACUAUCAACACGGCCAGGAGGAAUUGGAGGAACGUCGAGGAGCAGGCUAUGAGGUACCACUCCGGUCUGCCUACGCUCUUGAACCAUGUCGUUGGCGGGUCGGAAUUGUAAUGACGGCGAUUGGAAGAGUGCGGUUUGGUGGUGAGGCGUUUGGGCUUCUGGUGAUUGGGCUUUUUUCCUUUGCGGUGUACGAUGAAUCCCUUGUGACGGUUAAUACUCACGAUUGCCCAUUUCCCUAUUCCCCAUACGGUAUGUGCUUUACGAAGUGCGCCACCGCCCAGCGUCUGAGCUCCUGGAGCACGAAGGAAAACUCAUAUGUGGAACAGUACCAGUGUUACCACCCAAUGUAUAAUAGACACCAACACAUCAGCGUGAUAUCGCUCCACCCGUUCAACAUGUAUGAGCAGUGGAAAAGAUAGCAAGGCUCUCUAAGAAUACAC